GGCAACCGAGAUAAGACUGCGAAGGCUAACAAACAGCAAAAGAAGAAGAAGAAGACGACGAAACAAUGGAACAGGGGAGCACCGUAGAUCUCUACGUCCUACCGGAAGGUUGUAUCUCGAACAUUAUAUCCCUCACAUCUCCUCGAGAUGCGUGCCGUUCCUCGGUUAUCUCUUCAGUUUUCCGAUCGGCGACCGAUUCUGAUUCGGUAUGGGAGAGGUUCUUACCCUCCGAUUAUAAGCAGAUCUUGUCGUCAUUGGUGUCUCCGUCUCCGUUAGUUUUCUCGUCGAAGAAGGAUCUCUAUCUCCAUCUCUGUGAUAACCCCGUUCUCAUCGAUAAGGGCAUUAAGACCUUCGCGUUGGAGAAAUGCAGUGGGAAGAAGUGUUAUAUGAUUGGAGCAAAAGAGCUGUCGAUUGUUUGGGGAGAAUGUCCAUCGUAUUGGAAUUGGCAUCCUCAACCUGAAUCAAGGUUCUCAGAGGUUGCGGAGCUCUUAGGCGUGUGUUGGCUCGAAAUCCGUGGCAAGAUGGAGACGCGACUACUAUCUCCAAACACAACAUAUGUAGCCUACAUGGUGCUCAAGUUCACGGACUCAGCCUACGGAUUCGAAUUUCCACCGGCGGAAGUCUCAGUCAAAUUAGCCAGUAAAAGCGGCGGUGGUGGUGGUGGUGGUGAUGGUGGUGGUGAAGAAGAAGAAAUGAAGCAAGUGUAUUUGAAUCCGAUAGGGAGAAAGAGGCGGCAGCUUGGAAUGUACAGGAGGAUUGGAAGCUUUUCAAGAAGUUUGUUGUUCAGUUACGCCUUGAGGCCUCAGGAACUACUAGUAGAAGAAGAUCCACAACCACAACCACAACAGGAGAGUGAGGUACCCAAUAAGAGAGAGGAUGGAUGGAUGGAGAUAGAGAUGGGUGAGUUCUUCAACGAGAAAGGUGAAGAUGGAGAACUGGAGAUGACUCUAAUGGAGGUCAAAGGUGGUAACUGGAAAGGUGGCCUUAUCAUCCAAGGCAUGGAAAUCAGGCCCAAAAAAAUCCAAUGAAAACUAC